AGUUUAAUAAGAGUGAGUUUGGUGGAAGAGUGGAGAUGUGUGGAAAUGAUCACAUGAUAUUGUAUAUGGAGACAUGCACAUGAAAGGCCCACCUUGUUAGUACAAUAACAAACACAUUUCUUUAAGCCCACUUGAGAUCAAACCCCAUUUGGAAACAAACAAACACAAAAAUUUUACACUUAGUUAUGGCCUCCCCACCCCCCAAACAUGACUAAGUAGUAGUGAGUUACCAUUACCUCUUGGCUCUUAACAAAAAAAAAAGAAGGUUUUACUGUGUGUUUCUUCAAUGCAAUUAAUUGUCUUCUUCAAUCCAACAUCACUAUCUAUGUUUUCUCUCUCUUUCUUUUGUGGUUCUUCCCCUUCUUUAAAGCUAGUUCGUUAUCUCUUCUCUUCUUACUCUCUCUUUUUCUAACUACCUUACCACAACUUCCUCUCCUUAACAAGUUUCAUACACACACACAAAAAAAAAUAUCUUCUUUCUUUUCCUUAUCCAUAUGUGUUGUGUAAGCAAUUAAAUAAAAGAAAACUACGCUAGCACAGAGCCAUAUUUGUAACGAAAAGAGAGACAUUUUUUUGUUGAAUUUAAGGAUGUCGAGCAGAAGGUCGAGGCAAUCAUCAACAGGAUCCUCGAGGAUUUCAGAUGAUCAGAUAAUUGAACUUGUCUCAAAAUUGCAACAGCUUCUACCGGAGAUUCGCAAUCGUCGCUCUAGCAAGGCAUCGGCAUCGAAAGUACUGCAAGAAACAUGCAACUACAUAAGAAAUUUGAAUAGACAAGUGGAUGAUCUUAGUGAUCGACUUUCUCAGUUACUCUCAACUAUUGAUGCUGAUAGUCCAGAAGCAGCAAUCAUCAGGAGUUUAUUAAUGUAGUAGCCAUAUACUCCUAUGAAUUAAUUAAUGUAUUUUCAUUUCUAAAUAUUGGAGCUAUAUUUAUAUAUAAAUCUUACUACCAAGUUCUUGA